AAGAAGCGCGGCAGGCUGGAGAGGCCGUGACUCUGAUUUUCGCACCCGCGAACACGCGUCGGCGUGUGUCUUUGCUGCCACCGUCUGCUUUUCCUCUUGUUCGCUGCCUCGUUUUUCGCCUCGAUUCUACUUACGCUUCAUCAGUAACGAUGAGAUGCACGAGUAUCCGCGAUCCGCACAAACACGUUUCCGGUUUUAUGCGCUUUCAAAGUUCACGCUCUCCAGAUCGCCUGUUCCGUGGUUGGGCAAUUGAAAACAGAAGCACAUCGGUGAUUCCCGCCUCUCGACAUCUUGAGGCUGCCUCACGGAGUUUUUCUUGUCCGCGACUCUGGACGUUUUUCCGUCUUUCGUGAGCUUUGCAGCUGACAAAAUACACUAGGUACAUCUCUGCUGGUGACAGAACGACCCCAGUUCCCGGUUUUCAUGCGAAUGCUUGAGCAGAUGUGCGUUGUUGCUUGUGCGGCUGGCCUACCGGGUCGAUCAACUCCUGCACAUGUAUAUUUUUCUUGAGCUUGAGCGUUCCUCCACCGUCAACGCUGCAUCGAAGCAAUGUUUUCGGUAUCUUCCGACGCGGCUGAGGCGCGCUACUUCCAGUUUUUCGAUGCUUUUCGGCUGCCCAAAGCACCCGACUUUGCCUGCGUGCGAUUCGGACAACUGAAUGGCUGGUUUUUGCCCUAAAGAAGCUUCACCCUCCGUCUGACGAACGCGCUUCUCCUUCGUCAGCGGUUGCCCGCCUGCAAUCUAGCAAAGUCGACACGUUGCAAGCCCGGCUGGACACAGAGAGGCUCCGUUCUGCGUAUGGCGCCUGCGGGAAGCGGGUCACAUCCGACCCCGACACUUCUGCGUUAGAGUUCCUAAAAAUAGCACACGCCUCUUCAGAAUAUGUCCAUCCAUUUUUCCACCUGCACAUCGCAGCCGCCUCGGCAGACCGAGGGAGCGAACGUUUACACAAACAGUUGUCAGCGCAAGUGCGCCUCACAGAGGAGCAUUCGGAACGGCCAAAGUGAACUGACACACGGGACCGCGUGAACUUGGCUUUUCCCGGCCGACUUUCGGGGUGUACAUCCACCUCCCGGAGACGUGCGUAUGCGCGCGUUUGACGAGCGGUCGACAGUGGUAUGUCCACAUUGAUUUCCUCCCCCGGCGAGAACCUGUUUGCUUCCCUUUCGUUUUCCUUCCUUCGUCCUUUUUUCCUACACUGCGCUCGCGUUGUUUCUCUCCCGCGCGAUUCCCGCGAGCCACCCUGCGGCCCGCCGAUGUGGAGACCCUCCAGGGAAAGGCAGGAAGAAACGCACGGCGUCACGCGGCAGAAGCCAGCCGAAGAAAUUUCGAAUCUUGUCUUUGGUUAAGUUUCAGACGACUUACCCCGAAGAAGAAGAGUGCCGAGUCGUCCUACCUGUGUUCUCCAGUCCCCGUUCCAUGACAGAGAAGCGCUCUGCGUCCGAGUGCCUGCGUCCUCGCCUCUACUCAGAGAUCAAAUAGACACAAUGGAGAUUUACAGCCGCGAUAUGGAGCCCACUGGAAAGCCCCAGAAGCCUGCACGUAUGGAGGUCACGUUGUCGCCAAGGCUUCUCUCCUUACUCCGCCAGCUGCAGACGUCUCCGGCGUGUGCGUCUUCCUCGCCGACCUUCGACGAAGGCCUGCAGGGGCAGUAUCUGCGGCGGAUCCGCGAGGAACUGUACGCGAUCCAGGAGACUUGCGGGGUGGCGCACUGGCCGCCGCCGGUCGCUGGAGGCCCGCAGGCGGACGGGGACGCAGCAGGCGAGGCUUCCUUCUCAGCCGACGAGGAUGGCGAGCGCCUCGGCUGGAUGGUGUUGCUGCUCAAGCUCCACCAGACCUUCGCCUCUCUCCUCGCGCCUGCCUCUUCAGAAGAAGGCGAGGAGGCGCGGGAGAACGGAGACGUGUCAUCCCGUCGCCCGCAGUCCCCAGGGAAGCGGCGGUCUCCGCUGCUCGGCAAACAGUCCCCGUCUGCCUCCAAAGGCUGGAGAAUCCAGACGAACGAAUUCGAGAUCUCUUCGCUCUGGCAAAUACUCCAGGCAGCUCCUGGCGGAGGUGGGACAAGUCCGGAUGUUGUGCCUCGAGGCGGCGAUAGAGGCCCAGUGCCUUCGGGACCAGGCUGUGCUGCUGCGAUUCUUUCGAGCAAUUUGUCGGGUCUUUUGACCCGGCAGGGAUCCCUAGCGGAUCCGCGAGUCGGGAGUGCUGCGUCGGGGGGCCUCGAGGCCCACACCGAGUCACGAACGGAGCCUGGGCUGUGGGCCUCGUUGCCUGCUCUGCACCGUCCAGGAGGCGACCGCCCAGAGGAAGCGUUGCCCUUUGACUUGGUGUUCGAACUGAGGCGAGGGUGCUGGACCUCUGUUUGUCGCCAGCAGCAGGCUGCUCAACUUCGAGAGCUGCAGCACCAGCAGUCGCAGCUGACCUCUUCCUUUCUCCAUUCGCGUCCCAGCAGCUUCCGGAGUUUGGGGAGCAGCAGUUUGCCGAGCUCGAGCACGCCUUGUGGCUUUCCGUUUUCCACAGGCGCGCCGCAUGCAGUGGACGCAGGCGGCACGAGUCCGCUGGCGGUGCCCGACGCCGCGAGCGACUUGGGAGGCUCUAGGGGCUUCGGCGGACCUCAGCCGCAGAUUUCGCGGCCGGUAUGUCCCUUCUGUGCGCCCUCGCUGGCGUCUCUGGUGCAAGUGGAAGAGCGCGGGGACUCGACGAUCUCUGGGGCUUCGCGCCUGCGCGUUACUCUCGCCAUCGACAGCGAAGUCCUUCACUUCUGCUGCUGCAGUGGAGGCCGCUUCGACGCUUACUUCACCGCGCUCGUGGCUCACCUUAUCUUGGCGGGGUGUGGGGCGCAGGGGAAGGGACAUUUGUGUCCUGCGCCCCCGGCGUCGGCGGCCUCCGAGAGCCUCUGCGACGGCCGCGCGAAGGACGCGAAACCAGGGGAAAGUGGGGACAAGAAGCUGCAGGUCCCCGGCGGUCGAGACCCUCGGAAAGCUGUUGGCGAGGAGAACGAGAAGCAUUCGUCUGGAAGCAAGAACCGGCGGAGAGGCGCCAAUCGCGCUCAGAGAGUGUCCCGCGGAUCUCCGGUGUCGCCUUCCGCUGCCGCCUACCAAUCGAGAGAAGAAGGUCGCGAGGAGGCAAAUUUGGGAAGGAACAAAGAGAACAGCGUCUCAUCUCCUGAGACUCGCCUGAGCCUCUCGCACCUGGGCGACAACAUGCCCAACGGGUGCGGCGCCGUUCCCUCAACGCCUCUUGGAGACAGCGUCGAGUUGGAGCCGUCCCCCUCGUCGCCCGCGUCUGCGGGAGACCCUGCCUCGCAGGCUUCUGCUCUGUCGAGGCUGACCGCGGCGUUUGUCUCUCGACUGCGGUUCCCGGACUUCUUUCCCUCGACAGAGGCCAUGGUGACCCGUCGCGCCCACCAUGCGAUGCGCGUCGUGCUCGACAGCAGCCGAAGCGGCUUGACGCCCGGGGAGGCUGCGGCUGGGGGCCGAGGCGGGAGUGUGGGGUGUUGGAGGAUGACGAAAGAGAAAUUCAACUGGCAUGUGACGCUCCUCACCUCCGCCGCUGUGGAGGCCGUGCGAGACUGCUUUGCAGAUCUCACGCUCGACGUCUGGCACAGCUGCUUCUACGGCUCAGCGGCGCAGGUGACAGGGGCCAAGUGCGCCAGCAGGGACAGGCUCGAACAACUUCUCAUUGCUCUCUUGGGCAACAACGAUGCCCUCAUUCGUCUUGAAGCUGUUAAACUCCUCAACGCCUUCUACGACAGACACGACUGGCAACUCCGCCAGCCGUUCGUUCCCGUCAUCAAGAACGUUGGAGACCGCUUCGUCCUUUCCGUUCUCAUCGAGACAUGCACCUUGUGCGACGACGCGACGUCCAAGGAGCCUUCCGACGUUUUUGCGAUUGUCGCAGCUCCGUCGUUCAGCCGCUUCAGCACUGCAGAGAUCUACUCUUACCACACGUUCUCGUGGGUUCUGCUGCAGUCUCUUUCCUCCCCACAGUCUGCUGCCGAGCACCCCUCUGUCUCCGCCGAGGCCGGCGACACUUCGCGACAGUGGCGAAAACAGCGCUGGCUCGGCACUGCUGACUUUGGUGUCUUCACGCGAUGUGGAUUCUACGACUGGCGAAUUUGCAGAGCCAAGGAAAGCGAUGGCUCUUGGUGGGUUGUCGAACGGGCCGUUUCCUACGGGGCGCUGUCUGGACAGUCGACUGCGCCGUUUCCGACUGCGUCCGCGGCUGUUCUUUCGGCGCCACUCGUUCCGGCUGAGCCAGCGGAUGCGUCGGUCGAAGAGAAAAUGGAGAAUUCCGGGGAUGUGUCUGCACAGAAACGCCGAGUGUCUAGGCGCCUGGCAGCUGAAGCCGCUGCGGGGGCGGCGGCGGCGCAUGCAGCGGCGGCAGCGUUGGAUGCCGCUUUUCCAAUGAAGUCCCCAAAUCCUCACCACUUGCGACUGCUCAAGAGAUUCGAGGAACAGAGACAGUUCGACGCCGCGACGAGUUCGAGGGCCAACUACGACCACCGCAAAAAGCUCCUUGAUGAGUGCAUCCCUCUGCAGGGACGCGUCGUCGUCCUGCCGAAGGACUCACGAAAUCUCCAACUCCACGAGGUCUUUGUAGAUAGCCACGAGGCACAGUGGGAUGAAGAAACAGGAAAACUUACUCAACGAGGAAACUUUGCGUGCAUCGCGGAGUCGCUUCCAACGCUCGCAGAAGCUGGCGUCACGGCGACGCUUGUCAGUGGAGUGAUGGAGAGAGAUUCCGGAGAUGUCGUUUACGACGUUGACGGGGAUUUCGAUUAUGCGAAUCCUGACGCGAGUCCGUUCGCCUCCGUCUGUCGAGCAGCUCCGUGUGGACUUCUUGGCGGAGUCGGAGGUUUCUUGGAAGUCGUGCAGGAGGCUCGGCGAGUCGGAAUGAAAAUUCUUGUUCAAAUGGCCAGCGGCGUUUCCGCGUCUCACCCCCAUCGCCGCUACGCGUCUCAUCUUCUCCACUUCGAGGAUGCAGACGGGAAGAAACAGAUUCUCUACGGAGGAGAAACGCUCGGCGUCCUUCCGCAGGAAACGGCGAUCUUGAAUUACAGGAAACUCGAGACCUGGCAACUGUUCAUCGACGACCUCAAAAUGUGGAUCAAAAAAUUCGGGAUCGAUGGCGUGAGAAUUUCGAACGCUCAAGAGUUGCCUCAGAUUCUUGCUGCAGACGCGCAUGCACUGAGCAGGAAGGACGCCGACGGACAGUUCCAUUACGCUGCUCAAGACAUCAUUAUGGGAGAGGUUGUCGUCCCCCAUAGCAGCUCUCUCGGGGGCUACUGGAGUUUGGCCUCUCUGGGCGCGCCGAGUUUCUCUGCUCUUGCCUCCUUUCGAAGCGCCUCUUCUCUUCUCUCCGUGCCUGCAGGAUUUGCCUACGCGAAUCCUUUCUAUGUGAAGCUGUGUCGGAGCGUGUGGCUGGAGAGCCCAGAUUUUCUUUUCAUUGGCGAGUGCUGGACGGAACUGGAGCAGCUGCGACAUUUGCAGGACAUGCAGGCAACGCAUGCGACGCAGGCCUCGCCUCUGCAGAGCCUUGGCCUCGGCACCGUCCCCGCUGUUUCUGAACUGCCUGGACACCGCAGUGGCGAGAUCCCUACUCUCGCUUCUCUGAGUGCGACAGAGUUUUCUGUGGUGCCGUCGCUGCUCGUCAGCAGCGGCAUCGUACCGCAAAUGCAGCUGUUCCCCACCGUCCUUCCUGCUGUUCUCGGAAAAAAACCAGCCAUUCUUCCCCUCUGUCCGUCCUCCCAUGAAGGCAACUCUGCUUGCAUGGAGGCAGCCUCUUUACGACAAACGCAACUACGAACGCCUCUGUUGUCUCUCCCGCCGCGGUUCCUCUUCUCUGCCCUCUUCGCUAUGCACCAUAAUCUACCGCGAGGCUCUAUUCUCAUUCAGUCCUCCUGUACGCCUGCCUCACCUCUGCCUGCUCUGGUGUAUGGACGCGCGGCGUGGGCAGCCGUCGAUCUCCUGAUGCUGCUUCCCGAUGUUCCCUGCACAGUUGCCGGAGAAAUGCAGGGAUCUGCCUGUCGUCUCGGAGUGCCCAACGUCUUUGCACCGGAUACCUCUGCGGGUCGUCUGGCGGCUCUCACGGGGAUUUCCGGCGGCCCUCUGGGACCUAACAAACUUUCUUUCUCGCCGUUUCCGAGUCCCGAUGCGGUGGGCCUGCUUCGAUAUUCCUCGCGAUAUGGGGCAGGCUUCGGCGACGGGGGAGCCUCAAGGAGGCCUUUCUUUCAGAGGCCGAACCGUUUGUGGUCGCGUCAAGGAACGCUGAAGAGUUUGGAUGCUCCGAAACUCCCUUUUCGUUCUCAUGCCGGUUCUCUACACAUGAACUAUCCAGGAAUUCCAGAAGGCGACUCAGGGGGGUUUCGAGAGGGCCGCAAACUACCGGGAAGCGCAGCCGAUGAAAGUCUCCAGGAACAACAAUCUCGCCCCCCGCACUUUGAUCUUCCACUUCUUGAGCGCGUUCGGCUUAUCGACGGGUUCGAAAGCAUUCAGAAGAUGCCCAUGCUGGAACAAGACGUUCAGGACGCUGUGCUCGGAUCCCCAGACGACGGAACAAAUGGCAAAUUCGACUUGAAAAGUAUUCACCAGCACUACGCGGAACGUCGAAAGCUGCGACACACAGAGCCUUGCCUCCGACGGGGUCGCGUCGUUCUUGUUGAUGUUCGAAAUCCCGACGGAAGCAGUCUUACGCAGGCCCACCGGGUGUACGAGCAGUGGCCAGAGGCGCUGUCGGACUUCGACGCGUCUCUGCCUGCGCUGGCAGCGGCAAGUGCGUGCAUGCAUGCGCUCUCUGCCGACGUUCCCUCCGAGCGGAAAAGCAGGUCGCGCCUCCUCCGAGAGGCCGGCGUCUCUGCGUUCGCACACCCUGACGAAGGCGACACGGUCACUGGGGAAUGCCCUGAGGCAGAGGGCGGGGACAAAGUUGUCGCCUUCGUCCGCUUCGACGACCACCGCAUUCGACAGCAAAUCGAGCAGUUCUCUGCAGCGGGUCUCUCAACCUGCCUGGGGCAUGCAAGUCGCGAGAAGUCGCAGCCUCCGACAGUCGGCAGAACACAAAACAGGCUGACGGCCUCGAGGGAUCGGAGCAGGGAACUGCAUGCACGGGAGGCAAGCAGUGUUCAGAGCGAAUCGAGCCGGAGGAAGGGAGAGGUCGCGGGAGAGGAGUACCCCGCUGUCAGCUCUUCUUCCGUCGGCGUUGACUUCGAACGCAGCGGGCACUCGCUCGUUCUCGUCGUCACAAACUUGUCGGACAGAACUCUUCACGACAAAAGCGUUUCUCUACAGGCUCUCCGACCUGCGUUUCGACAGCAGCGGAUUAAACACUGGCACUUUCUUCUGCAGAUGUGCGAUUUGCGUUCAUGCAAUUGUGAGGCGAAUCUGGCGACUUUCCUCGCUUGCCAUGAGACGCUGCAGCAUCCUGGUUUGCCGAAUGCCUCUCUCCGUUCUGGGGGAGCUCACGGGAAGGCAGGACAUCCGUGCAACGCUUCGGCGAGAACGUCGAUCUUGCCGGAUGUGAUUUCCAUCGAGGAGCUUCUGUCGGAACCUUUUCUUCUCCCCGCGAUGCCACCCUACAGUUCGGUGAUUCGGGGAUUCACUCUCCUGCCGCUGACGCCGCCCUCGCAAGCGCCGCCAGCUCCUGUCUCUCUUGCAUGCAGUCCGUCCCUGUACACCUCGCUUUUCUGCUGCUCGCUGCUGCGACUCCAAGGCCUGCUUAGGCGCCUGAUUCACCAGUCCCCCGGCGGGAGCUUGGCGGGAGUCGCUCAGAGCCGGAAGAGCCUCGCGCGAGGCAACAUGAUUCUGCACAUUUUGAGUCAAGUUGCAGGUGAUACGCUUUUUGCAAAGGCAGGCGAAAAAGCCUCCGUAGCCGAGCUCGAUCUGUUUGCUGAAUUCCUCGACGAACUCGGCUUUGCUCUCAACUACCGAGAACACUGCCUCGGCGAGAAACAGAGACAAGAAGAAGGCCCUCAUGCAGAAGAAGAGUCGCGCCCCAGUGCCUCCCUGUCCCUCUUCAGCAUAUGCUCUGAUAGCAAAAUCUUCGAAAGACAUGAGGAACUCGCGUGCAGUUUCAUGGCGCGGCUGAAGCGUCUCGUCGCGGGGAAGACUCUCCAGGCCCCACCCUCAUCUCACUCCGAUCCGGUUCCACCGGGCGAUUCAUCUCCCAUUGCUCUGGCAAACGAGGUGUUGGAGAAGAACGCGUUAGGAGCCAUUUGCUUCGUCACUCCGGAGCUAGGGAGAUGGUCCACCGUAGGCGGACUGGGCGUCAUGGUGGAUGAGCUGUCGACGACGCUCGCGACAGAACUCGGUCAAGAGGUUUGGGUCGUCUCGCCAUACUACGAUCGAAAUAGGAAAGGCGAACAAGACUAUCUGGCAAGGGAUGGCAUCCAUCACGCGUUCAAUGUGACGGUAAAUGUCGGAGGCGAAUCGAUCACCCUUGGUGUACAUACGGGCUCCGUCGUCUCGGGAGUAAAGCUCUUCUUUCUCCACUGCGCAUCAGUUUUCCCUUGCAUUUAUCCAGAUGUCUACGGUCUCGAACAGAUUCGCUUCAUCGUCACCUUUGCCAAGGCCGCUCUCGAGAUCUUCUGCCAUCUAGGGACGAUCCCGCCGCUGAUUAUUACGAACGACUGGCCGACCUGUUUGAUUCCUGCGUACGCGAAGCAGCGUUUCUUCGGAAGCGUCUUUGACUGCACGACCUUCUAUCACAUCAUUCACAAUCUCGAUUCCUCGUACGAAGGUCGGAUUUAUUUAAAUAAAAGGGAAGAUGUCUACUGGCUUCACGGCCUUCCAACAGAUCUCCUCGUUGACCCCCACUGGCACAACUUCGUCAUCAAUCCUUCCCGCUGCGUCUUGCUGCAAUGUGACGGCUGGGGCACUGUUUCUCCUUCCUAUCGCGACGAGUUGAUGAACGAAGGAGGAAAAGGAAAUGCUUCUCCCCUCGCGCCUCUCCUCCGGCGGCAUCACCACCCGUUCGCCACACCCAACGGAAUCCCGAUUAAGUUGCGUUUGGAGAGACUAAAGAAACUCGGCUUCCGAAACCACUGGGAGGCGAAGGCUGCUCUGCAGCGACAUUAUUUCAACUUCGAAAAGGGAGAUGAAUCGAUUCCGCUGCUUGCAUUCAUCGGCCGCAUCACUCAACAGAAAGGCGUUCAUCUCAUCGUCGAGCUGGCCGAGAAUCUCAUUCGUCGCUACAACGGACGCGUGCAGAUCCUCGUGGGCGGGAUGGCCAACUGGAACGAUGGUUACGCAGCGCGAUGCGCAAAUCAAAUGAUGGAUCUACGGGCGCGCUUCCCUCACUCCUUCUGGGCUGAUCCCGGCGAAUUUUUCUGCAAUGGAGCAUUGGUAAACCUCGGUGCAGACUUUGGACUCAUGCCCUCGUUGUUCGAGCCUGGCGGCAUUGUCCAGCACGAGUUUUUCAUUGCAGGAACUCCAGUGGUUGCCUUCCGAACCGGGGGACUGAAAGACACUGUUCGAGAGGGCAGCGUCACUCCUGGCCUUGGCGGCGGGAAGAUUUCAGUCGAAUCUGCGAGGCAGAACAAUGGCUUUACCUUCGACGCGUACACUGCGGGAGACUUCCUCUUCGCAAUUGAGCGCGCCUUGCGAGUUUUCAGCGACCGAGCAAAGUACGAGCAACUGCGUGCGAACGCGAGGGCGUCGGUGGUGUCUUGUGAGGAGAGCGCGCGAGCGUGGCUGGGCGAGUUUGCACGCUUGCGGAAAAAGAUUCCUGUGAAUGAAAAGAGAGUCCAGGAGAUUUUCGAGAGACUUCCCGACUGGUCGGAAGCAGAGUGGCGUUUGCGGCGGGGAACAGCUCCCGCGUUCUCGUCGUUUUUGCCUUCUUUCUCUUCUGAGUCGCCCGUGAAGCCUCCAGCAGGGACCGUCGUGGCGUCGCUUCCGCGCGGUCCCAUCCCCACUUCACCCUUCCCUCCCGCGACUCUCCUUGGACUUUUGCAGUUCUGCGAAGACCGCGAAAUGCACAUGCAUGCAGCCGACCGCGCUGUCCAGCUAGGCGGCCGAGCCGGUCUGUCUCCACGCGGAGACUCCUUCGACGUGUCUCCAAUCAGCGAGGAAAGUGAAGGCAGUGCAGACGAAGUCCGGCGGAGAGAGCUCAGGGAGAGUCCGGAGAACGAAGGAGAGGAAACGGGGAGACAAGACGGAGACAGAGACGGCGCUUCGGGACCUGCGUCUGGGGAGAAAAGAGAAGGAAAUGCAAGAAAAUCCGCAAGUGCCAGAACGGCCGAUGCUCUUCUCCCAUGCAGAAUCAAAUACGUACCGGUCCCAGGGAAACCCAGACCGCGGAGUGUCGCUGUUGCAGGGACCUUCGAUGACUGGAGAGUACGUCGGCCUUUGUCGUGGGAUAACGCUUUGCAGGCGUUCGUUCUUUCUUUGGCACUUCGUCCUGGGAGGUAUUUGUACAAACUCGUCGUCGACGGGGAGUGGGUCUGUGUCUCGGACGCGCCCCAGGAGACAGACAGCCUUGGGAACACAAACAAUUUCCUGCAGGUUCCGUGAAGGUUUUUUGUCUUGCCUCUCUCCAGUCUCUCUCGGCAUUCUCUCUUCGCUUUUCCUCCCGUCGCACAUCCACUCGUGACUUCGGUCUCCUGUCGUGUGUCUGUCCUCCUCCGUGACGCCUCGUCUCUGUCUCGUUCGAGAGCAAGAGCGUUCAUCGUUUCUGGUCGGAGUUUUCUAGUCCACCCUUCCGGUGCGUCUUCGUCGGUCGGUCAAACUUCUGUCGAGUGCUCAGGUGGAAGAUGGCGCUUCCCGUCGGAAGGGUCUCUGUGGCUGUAGACUCAGACAGUCUGUGUAUGAAGGCGCCUUUUUCCGGUUUCCUACUGGUUUUCUCGCUGUUUUCGUGGACGGAAAACCAUCCGCCGCGCGACGUUCAUGCACAUGCUUCACCUUCUCCACUUGUCUUUUCGACUGAUUUCUCGGACAAGCAAAAGGCCUCACAUAUCUUCGUCGCGCUCCUAUCCGCGCGCAUGCACACCGCGACAUCUCGUGGCACAUACAAAAACAUUGAUGUAUACAUUUAUGCAUAUAUAUAUAUAUAUAUAUAUAUAUCUAUAUCUAUAUAUAUAUAUAUAUAUAAUAGGUGUUUGCAUUUUUGUAUGUGUGUGCAUGUUUUCACAUUUAGACGUCUGCGUCUGUGAUUCUUGAAUCACACGAAGAAGACGCGUGCAUUUUUUUCAGGACUUCUGCAUGCACUUUGAGACAGGCAUCCGAUCCGCGGGAGCUCAGGCUCGGUGUGUCUGUCAGCUUUUGCAGUCCCUUGCGUCGAUGGGGACGCCUUUCUCUUUUCCGCUUCUUUGAGGCGCGACACUCACUGCGGCCGUUGCAUAGUGCACAGAGAACGUUCGGCCCUCGUCCUCUUGCAUGUUGUUUUCCUCUUUUUCUGCUCUCUUCUCUCCCUCUGGUCCCUGUCUCUUCCUGUGUCGACGAGCAGAUCCGCAGCGAUGGCUGUGGAACACGGUAACGUGUAUCCUCCAGAGUUCACCUGCCUGGGUGCAUGCGUUGUUACCGAG